ACGCCGGGACUGGUUCUUGAGUCUCCCAGCAGCCUCUGCGACGGGCGCGGUGCGUAAGUAGCUGGCCGGCGGGGGCCGUUUUCCGUAAGAUGGCGGACCGGCGGCGGCAGCGCGCUUCGCAGGACACCGAGGACGAAGAAUCUGGUGCUUCGGCCUCAGACAGCUGUGGCUCCCCGGCGCGGGGUGGCGGGAGCUGCAGCGGUAGCGCUGGAGGCGGCGGGAGCGGCGGUUCUCUGCCUUCACCGCGCGGAGGCCGAGCCGGGGCCCUUCAUCUGCGGCGGCUGGACAGCGGGGGAGCGAAGAGCGCCGAGGAGUCGGAGUGUGAGAGUGAAGAUGGCAUUGAGGGCGAUGCCGUUUUGUCGGAUUAUGAAAGUGCAGAAGACUCAGAAGGUGAAGAAGGGGAAUACAGUGAAGAGGAAAACUCCAAAGUGGAGCUGAAAUCGGAAGGUAAUGAUGCUGCUAAUUCUUCAGCAAAGGAAGAGAAGGGAGAAGAAAAGCCUGACACCAAAGGCACUGUGACUGGAGAGAGGCAAAGUGGGGAUGGACAGGAGAGCACAGAGCCUGUGGAGAACAAAGUGGGUAAAAAGGGCCCUAAGCAUUUGGAUGAUGAUGAAGAUCGGAAGAAUCCAGCAUACAUACCCCGGAAAGGGCUCUUCUUUGAGCAUGAUCUUCGAGGGCAAACCCAGGAGGAAGAAGUCAGACCCAAGGGGCGUCAACGAAAGCUAUGGAAGGAUGAGGGUCGCUGGGAGCAUGACAAGUUCCGGGAAGAUGAACAGGCCCCAAAGUCCCGACAAGAGCUCAUUGCUUUUUAUGGCUAUGACAUCCGCUCAGCUCACAAUCCUGAUGACAUCAAGCCUCGAAGAAUCCGGAAACCCCGGUUUGGGAGUCCUCCACAAAGAGAUCCUAAUUGGAUUGGUGAACGGCCAAACAAGUCCCAUCGCCACCAGGGUCUCGGGGGUACCCUGCCACCAAGGACAUUUAUUAACAGGAAUGCUGCAGGUACUGGCCGCAUGUCUGCACCCAGGAAUUACUCUCGAUCAGGGUGCUUCAAGGAAGGUCGUGCUGGUUUUAGGCCUGUGGAGGCUGGUGGGCAGCAUGGCGGUUGGCCCAGUGAGACUGCUAAGCAUGAGACUAGUUACCGGUCACGGCACCUGGAGUAUACCCCUGUGAGGGAUCCAUCUCCAGAAGCAGAUGCACCAGUGCUUGGCAGUCCUGAGAAGGAAGAGGCAGCCUCAGAGACACCAGCUGUGGCUCCUGACACUGCACCACCAGCCCCUGACAGGCCAAUUGAGAAGAAAUCCUAUUCCCGGGCAAGAAGAACCCGAACCAAAGUUGGAGAUGCAGUCAAGGUUGCAGAGGAGGUACCCCCUCCACCCGAAGGGCUGACCUCAGCACCUCCAGUCGCAGAAACUGCCCCUCCUCCACCGACUAAGACUGGGAACUGGGAGACUACAGUGGAUUCUACUGCAAGUGGACUUGAGCAAGACGUAGCACAACUAAAUAUAGCAGAACAGAAUUGGAGUCCGGGGCAGCCUUCAUUCCUGCAACCACGGGAGCUUCGGGGUAUGCCUAACCACAUACACAUGGGAGCAGGACCUCCACCUCAAUUUAACCGGAUGGAAGAAAUGGGUGUCCAGGGUGGUCGAGCCAAACGCUAUUCAUCUCAGCGGCAGAGACCUGUGCCAGAGCCCCCCACCCCACCUGUGCAUAUCAGUAUCAUGGAGGGACAUUACUAUGAUCCAUUGCAGUUCCAGGGACCAAUCUAUACCCAUGGUGACAGCCCUGCCCCACUGCCUCCACAGGGCAUGAUUGUGCAGCCAGAAAUGCACCUUCCCCACCCAGGUUUACAUCCCCAUCAGACACCAGCGCCUCUGCCCAAUCCAGGCCUCUAUCCCCCACCAGUGUCCAUGUCUCCAGGACAGCCACCACCUCAGCAGUUGCUUGCUCCUGCAUACUUUUCUGCUCCAGGCGUCAUGAACUUUGGUAAUCCCAGUUACCCUUAUGCUCCAGGGGCACUGCCUCCCCCACCACCUCCUCAUCUGUAUCCUAAUACACAGGCCCCAUCGCAGGUAUAUGGAGGAGUGACCUACUAUAACCCUGCCCAGCAGCAAGUGCAGCCAAAGCCCUCCCCACCCCGGAGGACUCCUCAGCCAGUCACUAUCAAGCCCCCUCCACCUGAGGUUGUAAGCAGGGGUUCCAGUUAAUAUGAGUUUCUGAAUAUUUUAAAUGUAACAUCAUAUAAAAAACAGCAGAUGUGAGAACUCAGGAGAGAAGAGAAAUACAACUGGCUAUCUACUACCAGGAAGGCUUCAAAGAUACAGGGUGGCUUCUACUAGCAAGCAGCUGAAGGAGGAGGACCCCUACCUUCCUCUGAGGACAGGCUCUGUUGGAGAGGGAGAAACAGGUGGACUUCCUCCCACCUCUACUCUUUGCUUGAGUUUUCUGUGCUCAGGGGAGCAGAGAUCCAGACAGCCCAGGCUUCUGCAUCUAGAUCCAGAAGUCCAUGUUUUUUUUUCCACUUUCUCUUGGGAAAUUCAAGUGUCUUCUGCUCCAGGGAAGCUCCUUCCUGUUUGUUUUGUUUCCUAAGAUGUUCAUUUUUAGAGCCUGGUUCGCUAUUCUUAAAUUAAUAUUUUAUUAGUUUUCUCUCUGUUUCUUGCUCUCUCUGCCUUUCUUCUGGUUUGCUGGCCUCUCUGGCUUCCCUUUUGACUCUUCCCUGCAUCCCAGGUAAUUGAGAAUGUAUCGGCCACCCUUCCCCAACCAAGUCUAAAAAGACCUAGUCUCUCAGUUUUUGUUGGUUUUUGUUAUUCUCUUGUAUACUUGGAUUCUCUUAACUCCUCUACCCCGUGGAAGCAUAGCUGUCUGUACAGUGUCCCAUUGUGGAGAAAAGCUCAGAGUGGGUGGAUAGGAGCCCUUCUUUUUGACUAAGGAUUUUAGGAGUCUGAGCUUCCAUCAGUACCUGUACUACAGUGGGUUUCAGUCCUCUGCUGAGGGCAAAGUCUGUGCUGUGGAGAGAGAGAGCAAGCCAGAUGCUUUUGUGAAAGAGGGAGGGUGAAGUGAGAGCCUUUGCACCUUAGGGGUAUGUAUUUUUCACAGUCCUCAGGGCUCAGUCUUUGAAAUAAGUGGAAUUAGAGGGCCCUGCUUCUCUUCUUUCCAUCCCUCCUACCACACUCCCUUUCUAGUUGCUGUGGACCAUUGUAUCUCUCUAGAGGCAAGUAUCCAGCCGGCAGUCUACCCUGUCCUUUGUAAUUGCUUUUCUCCAUGUCUUUCCUGCUACAGUGUUUUGGAUGUUACUACUUUCUUUUCCCCAAAUUCUACUCCUGUCCUUGCAAACAGAAGAUACCACACUUGGGCCUAAGGCCUAAGGAAGCCAGUCACCUUCUGGACAAGGGCUCUUCCCUCCUUUCCUCCUUAUCCAUGGCACUAAACCACUCCCCUGCUCCCUCUGCAGAAGAGAUUCCUGUUACUGCAGCACUUGUGUCUGCCGGGCAUAACUUGGCCACUGUCCCUGUCCUAUAGAACCUGAGGGAGAAGGUGGUGGCUGUGUCUUUCCCCCGGUAAUAUCACUGUUUUUAUUCCUUCCCUCUGGCAGCUGCCCUAACCACUCUGAGUCACAGGUGUGUGGGGUGGGUGGGGAGGGGAGAGCGGCACUUAAGCUGUAACCCCCAAGGAGGAAAUAACCUAGAGAUUCUUCCAGGGGUAGCUGGUGGUUGUGCCUUUUGUAGGCUGUUCCCUUUGCCUUAAACCUGAAGAUGUCUCCUCAAGCCUGUGGGCAGCAUGCCCAGAUUCCCAGA